CCGCCGCUCGAGGUAACCUGAGGCGCUUCAGCCAACCUCGUCCCCGGAUGCGAGGAGCCGGUUUGCUUCCGGGCGAAGAGAACGGCAUGUAGGAUGAGUUCGCAAAGAGGAAAUGUGUUCCGUACGCGAGCUCAACGGCACCAGAACGCUCAAGCCUUCCGCAAUGAUAAGUAUGACUCUAGCGCCCAACGCAAGAAAAUCAGUGCAAAACUCCAUGAAGGGCUCUGUCAACACUGUAAGGAGGUCCUGGAAUGGCGGGUGAAAUUCAACAAGUACAAGCCAUUAACACAGGCUAAAAGAUGCAUAAAAUGUCUGCAGAAGACAGUAAAGGAUUCUUACCAUAUUAUCUGCAAGUCAUGUGCCUGUGAACUAGAGCUGUGUGCUAAGUGUGGAAAGAGGGAAGACAUUGUGAUUCCGUCAAAUUUGGAAUGGUGUGUCCAGUUCUAGAUGGCUUAUUUUAAGAACGACCUUGAUGGACUGGACUGUGUGUUCAAGAGAAGAGCAAAUAGGAAGGUCACUAGGCUGAGUACAACGUUUUUUACUUUUUAUCCCCCAAGCCUGUGAUACUUCCUUUUCCUUGGGCUCGUUAUCCAGCUCUAUUGUACCUCCCCUUCAGUUUCUCAGUA